AUAUAACGAGUAAUCGGGUGGUGGUCUUGCAAUGAACUGAGGAGUGCCGCUGCAAUCGAUAUCCGGUCUUAUAACACUCCGAUCAUCUGACACAUUGUUUUUCGACGGUCAACACAAAAAGUCAAGAAGUCAAAUACGAAAACAUCCCAAAGCACCUCGGCACCAACUCGACAAGAUCAAUCUUUACACAGCUUGACAGUCGUCAUCAGAUCAGUCAACAUGGUCAACGUCGCCAUCAUUGGAGCUUCGGGUCAGCUGGCCAGCACGCUCAUCGACUACCUUUCCGAGCACACGGAGCAUGUGAUGCUCGGUCUCGUCCGCAGGGAUCCAUCCACGCUCCGUACGGUGCCCCGACUCAAAUAUGUCCAGACAGACUACCAGGACACUGCCGAGCUCUCGCGCAUCUUCAAGGCCGGCAGCGUCGACGUGGUCAUGAGCUUCAUCAUCGCGCACCUCGACCCGGACGCCGCCGUGUCGAAGCGGCUCGUCGACGCGGCUAUCGACGCGGGCGUGAAGAGGUUUGUGCCUAGCGAGUGGUCUGUCGGCCGACACCUCGCCGACGCAAUCCAAUUCCUGCCCUGGUACGACAGCAAGCUCAAGACGCGGGCCUAUCUCGAGCAGGUAAACACGCCGCACAAGGUGCUCGAGUACACGCUCUUCCACAGCGGCCACUUCACCGAGUACCUCGGGCACCCUCACGCCCCCGCGAACCUUAAACAUAUCGACACCAUCGCCAUCAGCUUCCAGCCCGAGAUCCUGCACGCCCUGACCGUGGAGGGCAGGGAGGAGGUCGACAGGAUGACCUUUACCUCGCCGGGGGAUGUGGUCAAGGUCGUGGCGCGCGCGCUGGACGUCGAGCAGGGGAAGUGGCCCGUCUGGGGAGGUAUCGAGGGGCAGACUGUCACUGUGAAGGAGCUGAUUGACAUUGUGGAGAGGGUCAGAGGCAAGAAACUCACUGUCGAGCGUCUCAAAGAGUCCGACCUGGUGGCGGGCCGCAUCCUGGCCAAGACGACCCCCACCAUCACGCACUCUUCUGUCACCCCGGAGCAGAAGGAGGCGUUCGAGAAGCUCCUGACUGCCGGGUUCCUCAUGGGCGCCGCGCGCGGCGCGUACACUGCGACGAGGGAAUGGAACGAGAUCCUGCCGGACGUCAAGUUUCUGGGCAUCGAGGAGUAUUUGAGAAGUGUUUUUCGGGAGUGAAGAGUCGGGAUAGAGAACGGUGGUGGUGGUGAUGGUGGUGGCAUAUGACAACGCCGACUUUACGCCAAAUUAAGUUCAUGCACACUAUAUUGUAAGUGCGGAAGUCAGAUGAAGUUUCACGACCUGGUGCAAGAUAUACAGACUAUCACCAGUUAAAUUGGAUCGUUUCUUCAGGUAUUGCAAACACGCUCUAGCC